AUGGAGCCUAUGAUGGGCGCUUUGGGCCCUCAGAAACCCAAAAAAAAACGUAUCCGCAAUUGGACGGCAGAGGACCGAGCCGUUCACCGAGAGUUUGAGAAGUCACGCCGCGAAGCUUUUAGCGAGCGUCUAAACGUUGGUCAUGCAGCAAUGGACCUUGAAGAAUUGAUUUUUGCUAAUAUCUUCCAGAAGCUGACAACUUUGCUGCCUAUGCUGAAGACAGAACAGCGGCCCUCCAAGCAUAUCAUUGUGGACGCUAGUAUCGCUCAACACAAAGCUCAGCAGUCCAGAAUUAUCCAGGCAGUGCUUGCAGUCCAGGAGCUAAUGAGUGAGCGUGAUGACUUGCUGCUUGAAGUCAAUAGACUUCGCGCUAUUUGUCAACCAGGCACUUUUGUCUUACGCCAAGCUCAGCCAAUAGACCCCGCGGUCGUCAAGAUGCUGGCAGACCAUAACAAGCUUGCUCUGGGCCCCGUAGAGAGGUCUGAAGAAAGGCACAAGCUACCUCCGUCUCUGAAUAUCCGUGGAAGAAGGUUGAUACCCGCCUCGACCGGUGCUUCAGUACCCGGACAUAUAUCUCAUCCUCCGGGCCAUGACAUCACAACACUCUCACCCCAUCGUUCCACAGAUUCAGCUUGGACAUUUGGAGAAGGAGAAAAGUCUUGCCGAACUAUUUCCUUACCCGCUAAUGUACCGGAAGUCUCCCUGCUAUGGACACAGUCUCCCAGCACAUUGACAAAGAUCCCAAUUAAGGAUAUCGACUCUGAGUACGAUACCAAUUCCACCCAUCUCAUUGAUGACGCAGCCCUGUUUUGGUCCCAACUUCCUGGAGAUCUGAGCACCGGACCUCCCUUAAAUGGAGGUAUACCGUUCAGCGUUAAUGCACCCCCAAUGCCAAGCGACCCAUCCAUGUUGUGGCCGCCCACCCUGGCCAUCCCUAACACAAAAGAACUAGGAUAUGGGGAUACGACCGUUCCAUGA